GGCAAAAGGACAGUUUUUCCUCCAGACCAAGCUAGGGGGGCUAGUGUGAAGGGUGCUCUUCAUCCAUCAGCUGCUUUCUUCAACAAAAGGACAUCAUGGCAGGAGCUGGUGAGAAGAAAGGCAAGAAAGAUGACAACGGCAUUGGGACUGCCAUAGACUUUGUCUUAUCCAAUGCCCGUCUGGUUCUUGGAGUGGGAGGAGCUGCGAUGCUAGGGAUAGCUACUCUUGCAGUGAAGCGAAUGUAUGAUCGUGCUGUCAGUGCUCCUGCCAGUCCUUCACGUUCCAGUCAGUCUGGUAAAAGGAGCUGGGAAGAACCAAACUGGUUGGGCUCAUCUACACGACUGUUGAACCAAGACAUGAAGACGUCCGUGAGUCGCAGUCUGCAGACCCUACCAACAGACAGUUCAGUUUUCGAACCAGAGUCUUUUCGCCCCAAACCCCCUGGUCGCAAGUCCCAGUCAGAUAUGAAAAAAACACGGUUGAAGCUUUCUCUUCAGGAGAAGCUAUUCAGCUAUUACAAGAAACAUGUUGCUAUUCCACCUGCAGAGCAGAGCUGUGCUAAGCAAGCUGCGAUAGACAUCUGUGCUGAACUGCGCAACUUUAUCCACAACAAGUUUCCAGACAUGCCAUUGAAAGACAUGCACCUUAGCGGAAGCCUGUAUGAUGAUCUGCAGGUGGUGAGAGCAGAUCACAUUCAGCUUAUAGUACCACUCUUAGUGGAAAAUAAUUUAUGGUCAUGUGUCCCUGGAGAAGAGACUAUCCUCAGCUUACCAGGGUUUUGCUUUUUGCGUAGAGAAAACGUUGAGUACUUUCCUCGUGGGACCAGUUACUGGGAUCGUUGUGUUGUAGGGGGUUACCUAUGUCCAAAGGCGGUGAUAGCCACAUUUGAGAAAGUUGUAGCUGGUUCAAUCAACUGGCCAGCCAUCGGCAGCAUGUUGGGAUAUGUGAUUCGGCCAGUAGUGCCAUCUGAAAGCCUUAUCUUGGAAGUUCAGUAUGAGGAUGACAGAAAGCUCUUCAUAGACUUUUUGCCAUUAGUUGUGCUCGGGGAGCACCUAGCAGUUGCUAAAUCCCAUCGACUAGAACGUUAUGGAAACAUGUGGAGAUUAAGUCAACGUGGAGCAGAAACUGCUGCAUUAAUUGGGCGGGACCAACAGGAUUCAGGAUGUCGAUGCCUCUGCCUAAAAAUAUUAAAGUCCCUCUGUCGAUACAAUCUGCCUCUUUCCCAUCUCACAGCUUCCCACCUCACCAACAUACUCUUACAUAUUUGUGAAACAGACAACGACUGGACACAGGGGUCUUUAGCAGAUCGAUUCCUUCAAGCACUUCGAGAGACCGUUGGCUACUUAGAAAAAGGAGAAUUACCUUCAGCCUUGGACCCGAAGGUGAACUUGUUUUCAGAACUCACACCAGAUGAGGUGGAUGAGAUGGGCUACUUUCUCUAUUGCUCCUUAUCAGAGCCAGAGGUGCUGCUGAGGACAGGAGAAUGAGAAUGUGUGGUGGGGAAGGUGGUAAUGGGGAGUAGACAAUACAGGGUUAAUACAUUGAUAAACUUUGAAGGACACGUCAAAAAUCCAGCUAACAUUACUGUUAUUACACAAUGCAAAAAUACUUUCAUAUGUUAUUUGCUAGUAACUUGGCUUUGCUCUUUUCAGUUUGCUCACUGCUGCUCUCAGGUAGGAAGUUUCUUUUGUUCAAGCGUUGCAUGAUAGUAAACAGAAUUCUGCACUGUUAUUACCGGUAACAAAAAAAAAAGUAACCAAAUACAUCAUUGUCAACUGCAUAUAAAAUAUUCCCCAUUAGUGUC